UGAACACAUGAAACUGGAGCACAGGGAAGCGCAGCUAAAAACGCUUGUCUCUAGGAGCCCUUAGUGGAGCUAAAUGCACAUGAUAAUAUUUGUCUUUAAUGAUACUUUUAAUCUCGUCACCGUGAUAGAUGUUUCACUAAUUGUUUCUAUUUACCAGGAAUCAUCUGGCACCAACACCAGCCAGGAAAGCCCAGAGGAAGAGGAUCUGGGAAAUGAGGAGGAGCCGGAGGAAAGUGCUCAGGAAGAACAAGUGAUUGAGCACGAGGGGGAGAAUUCCAUCAACUCCCCCCAACCACCAACCCAAUCCAUCAACUUCCUCCACUGUCAGGAAUCAUCUGGCACCAACAACUGCCAGGAAAGCCCAGAGGAAGAGGAUCUGGGAAAUGAGGAGGAGCCGGAGGAAAGUGCUCAGGAAGAACAAAUGAUUGAGCACGAGGGGGAGAAUUCCAUCAACUCCCCCCAAUCACCAACCCAAUCCAUCAACUUCCUCCACUGUCAGGAAUCAUCUGGCACCAACACCAGCCAGGAAAGCCCAGAGGAAGAGGAUCUGGGAAAUGAGGAGGAGCCGGAGGAAAGUGCUCAGGAAGAACAAGUGAUUGAGCACGAGGGGGAGAAUUCCAUCAACUCCCCCCAACCACCAACCCAAUCCAUCAACUUCCUCCACUGUCAGGAGGAAAACAAAACUCCGCUCUCAAAGAUACUCCCGAAAACCGAGAAACAUUUAAAAAUCGGAAGAGUCAUCGGAGAGGGUCCAUUUUGUCGAGUUCAUCUGGGAUGGCAUAUUGACCUACAAAAAGAAGUGACCAUAAAGAUCAUCAAUGACCCGGAGAAUGAAAAAUACCAGGAAGAAGAACUAGAAAUUCUCCGGAAGGUCACCGGCCACCACAAUGUCAUCAAGUUUUACGGGGCAUUUUAUCACCGGGCCCCGCGCAGGAGCACGCCAAAUAAAGGUCUAUCGAUCUCUAUGGAACUGUGCACUGGUGGGACCAUCCGUGACCUCAUGAGCGGAAGGAAAAACAAUUCUUUGGGCGAGAAGUGGACGGCUUAUAUCUGUAAAGAGGUGAUAAAGGGUCUGUGCCACCUAGAGACAGUGGAAGUCAUCCAUCAUGACAUCAAGCCCAUCAAUCUAAUGCUGACAUCAUCCGGCAAUGUUAAGAUUGGUAAGUGAUACUUGGGGGUUAUUUAUCAAAGUCUGCUUUCAUCUCAACAUGUUCUGCUGCAAACACUGAUCAAAUCUUAUUGGCUUUAUUGCGCUUAUUUAUUAUUACAUUUUCCCAA